AUGUCGCGCCUCGACCGCCUGCCGUAUCUGCGAAAGUACACGAAUGGCCUCCGCGACGCCCCAGUUUCGCAUGUCGUUUCGUUCAUGAUCCUGCACGAGAUCACGGCGAUUGUGCCUCUGCUCGGCCUCUUUGCCCUGUUUCACUACACCACUUACUUGCCCAUCUCUUAUGUGACGGAGCACUUUGGGGAAUACGUCCAGAUGGGGGUCGAGAGGUUCGAGAGGUACUUCAAGCGAAAGGGCUGGUUUGGUUUUGGGCAGGAGGACAGCGGCACGUCUGCCCAGGACGCGCAUGUGGAGGACGCUGUGCAGCGGUGGAAAAAUGGGGAGCAAAAGUACAAGAUCCUCGUCGAGGUCGCAUUGGCAUAUGCCAUAACGAAAGCCCUUCUGCCUCUCCGAAUCAUUGGCAGUGUCUGGGCUACGCCGUGGUUCGCCAAGAUUCUCAUUAGGUUCAAGCCUUCACUGGCCCGGAAAACGUAG